CCAUCCCAGCAACUGCGUGUAUGAGGUCGGCAGGCGCGACGUCUCCGAGCUACAUACUCAGCGCCUCAGAAUUGCUUACUCUGUCUGUAUCUCCGGCCAUGAACCCACAAAAAUAUUACAAGCACUUCAUCCCCCUUGAGUCCAACCCAGUCGUCUUCACCGAGCUGAUUCACAGGCUCGGCACCACGCCAUCGCUAUGCUUCCAAGACGUCUUGUCUCUGGAUGAUAUAGACCUACUUGGCUUCAUCUCACGGCCGGUGCAUGCCAUGGUCCUCGUGUUUCCUACAACCAAGGCGUACGAGCGGCGUGUCGAGGUGGAAGACGGGGAAGUUAGGGACGUUUUGGACGGAGAUAAUGUGGAAGAUGUGGUGUUCUUUAGACAGACAAUCAAUAAUGCCUGCGGGCUGUAUGCGGUUUUACAUGCUGUCUGUAACGGAGCUGCAAGGACUAGCAUUGAGCCUGAGUCACUCAUAGAUCGGCUUUUGGAGAAGUGCCUCCCUUUGCCACCCAGAGAGCGAGCGCUAGCGUUGGGAGAUGACGAGGAACUGGAGCGAGUCUAUGCUGAGGUGGCGUUGGAAGGGGACACUGAGGCUCCAUCGAAUGCAGAGGACGAGGUCGACUUCCACUACAUUGCGUUCGUCAGGUCGCAUAUCAACGGCCAUCUGUAUCAGCUGGACGGCGACCGAAAGAGGCCUCUCAAGCUGGCAUUGCUCGAGGACAGGGAGGAUCUUCUAUCAGAGAAGUGCUUGACUGUGAUUCGCAGUAUGAUGAGUGCAGAUGGAGACAGUCUAAACUUCAGCUUGAUGGCUCUGGUUGGCCAGACUUGACCAGCAGAAGUAAAACAAGCAAACAGAGGUGUAGGUAGCCAAGGAGUCACACUCAUCAUGGAAGUCUCCUGAAGAGUGAGGAAGUGUGAACUAUGAAGGACCUUGAUUUGUUCUUGCAACGACCACUGGAACAGCAAGCUGGACCAGCAGAAGCACGAACCGGAGUACAGCCGCAUGCACCGCUCCGACGCAAGACGCGACGUUGUGGGAUGCUCCCGAGGGACUCGUUGAAUGUCCGAAGACCAAGUGGCUGGCGCGCGGGUUGCGUCCUACAGAUUCACUCGCGCCUCUGUAUGAAGAGGGCGAAAGGGUGUUGGAGUGAAGUUUGAGCGCGGCCGAAGAUUUCAUAUGCAAACGCCAAGGCCCGGUCACGCUAGCACCCGAC